AUGACGAAAAACAUGAGCGGUGGAUACGGAGGAUUGGAAAACAAAAGUUUCGUUAUGCGUUCGAAUUUGUCCUUUUCGGCUUUAUUCAUUUUCCUCGUUUUGAAGAAAUUUUCGUGUGUCUCUGCGUGGGAUGUUUCCUUUGUUUUCCCGCAGGAGAAAUUGCUGCAAACGCAGAAUCGGAAUGAUGAAUCGUCCCCAAACGGUCCGCCGUGGAGCCCUAUGACUGAAGUUCCCAGGGGCUCCGCGGCCGCUGCGGAAAAAUACUGUAGCAUCAAAUUGAAUAACGAGAACACUAAAUAUUACGGUGGACUGAUGAAGAAGCUGAGGUUAGGAACACUUAUCCUGCUCGCAGCAGCAAUCCUGCUGCUAAUGCACACCCCGGGGGUUUCAGGAAAACCUGUGCCAGAGCCAACCAUUAACGGUAUCCACGCGACGCAUCGCGCUCAUCAACGCUACGGACAUCCUGGCCACUCAACCUACGGGCACUUCUCUGGAAUGAUAGGUAGACUCUUGGGCACGGGUUACCACACUUUUGGCCAGAAGAAAAAGAGGGUGCAAGGGUAUUUCGGAUGAAGGAUUGGAGGGAAAAUGGGGAAAUCUGACUCACCCCCGAAGAUCCUUGAAUAAGUUAUUCUCUGCCGAAUUUGUGAUUGUUCAAACUACUUGUGACAUGAUGUGACACUACGAUGCCCAGUAAAAGUCGAUCUGCAUAAGAUUGUCUCAAGCACUUUUCGUACCUCCAAUUCUGAUGUUGCAGGAUGUAUUCCCUAGCUUUCCCCCUUUUCGAACCAAUUCCUGCGUAUCUGGUAUCAACUAUGAAGAAAUGGCACAAAAUCACUGACCCGGGUUACGCAAAAUAAAUG